AUGAACCGCAAGCCGAAGUGCCAACCUUUGUUCCUGGUUGCAGGCGCCGCGGUCGUCGCUGGGGUUAUAGGAGGCAUUUUCUACUACCUCAACAGACCGCAGAACGCAGAGGUUACUGUAGAGUCACCUGUUUCGGCGACGGACUCUCACCUUGGUGAAAAGGUGCCGACCGAAGAGGCCCCAUUAGAGAAGGCCCCGGCGGAGGCGGCGUCGGCCCCCGUGAAGAAAGUUGAAAUGAGCCGUGAAGAACUGUUGGAAGUUACGGAUGAGGUUAUCGUAGUUCAGCGGCAGCUCGCUGCUUUGAUGACCGAGACUAGCAACCAGAUUGUGAAUAAGAAACUGACUGGAAUGAAGGACGUUUACACGUAUUUGGAAGGUCGUGAGGUUGAAGAUCCAGUGGCGAAGCACGGUUUGACAAUGGAGGAGUUCGACAACAUGAUUUCGAAGUUUUCUGAUGACCCCGUAGUGAGCGAGAAAGUACUGGUGAUAAUGAAAGGGCCUGGUGUGUCAGACGCGGAAGUUACUAGUAAUGCGACGGCAAUGGACAUCCCAACUAUAUGCAGCAUUGUCCGAUCCAUGCUUGGUGCAAUGCAAGACUUAGUUAAGCAACUGCAUGUUUUGGAGAAAAUGCUGGGAUCCAGGUACAAAGGCCACACUGCCUCGUUGGCUGCACAGACUGCCCUCGCUGCCUUCCUAGAGACAGAAGUACACACGACUGCAGAGACGGUGGAGCAAGCUAUCCUCCUAAACCAAACGGAGCUCGCAGAAAACGUCGAGUUCCUUAGCUCCUAUGCAAACCUGCAAAAGCUCGUUGCGGACUUAGAUAACAGCGGAGAACACCCGUACUAG